AUGCCUGGAAUAAAAAGGAAAAAUAUUGAAGAGGAAGAAAAUCCAAUCGAGAGUGAAGAAGAUAAUAAAGUACUGAAUGAAGAUGAAGUUCCUGAUAUCCAAUUGAAGGACUCUCAGAUCGAUAUUCGUGAGACGUUUUCUCAGGAAGUGAACAGGAAACUUAAAAGGCGUCGCAAGAGCGUUAGCAAUUUGCCGCGGAGUGACUUAAUAGUAGAGAACGAAGAAGAAGACGAUAUUGACGAUUCUCCUGCCACUGCGGGCAUUAUUCUGAGGCUUGAAUUGCACAACUUUAUGUGCCAUCAUGCAUUCUCUUUGGAUUUCGGAGAACAGACCAACUUCAUAAUUGGACGCAAUGGCUCUGGUAAAUCGGCUAUUCUUACAGGCCUAUCGGUUGGUAUGGGAGCGAAGGCGAGUGAUACAGACCGAGGAAACUCUCUUAAAGGACUGAUUAUGCAUGGUAAAAAUGUGGCCAGAGUGAAGAUCAUGUUUAAAAACGAGGGUCAACAAGCAUAUCAGCCCGCCGUGUACGGUAAGCGGAUAUUUAUUGAGCGUGUAAUUCGUUCGGUUGGUGCCGCUUCUUUUUCUAUUAGGAGCGAGAAAGAUCGUGUUGUCUCUACUAAGAAGCAAACGGUAGAUGAGAUAUUGGACUGCUACGGUAUCACUAUUGCAAACCCCAUGACAAUUUUGACACAGACAGAUGCUAAGACAUUCUUGGCAAGAUCGACUGCUUCGGAGAAAUUCAAAUAUUUUAUGCAGGGUACCAGAUUACAAGAGGCAUAUGAUAAUGUGAGAUCUCUUCAGAAUGAUUUAACUGAGAUUUCAAGAACCAUUCUAAAAGAUCGGGAAAUUCAAAAACAGGCCCACGACAGGUUCGUGAAGGCACGUGAGGUUUGGAUGAAUUUUCGAAGUUCCGAUGAAUACAGCCAGAGGCAGCGGAUGCUUCUUUGUAAAGAAGCUUGGCUUGAAGUUGCUGAUAAUGAAGAUAAAAUGAAUCGGGCUAAAGACCUUCUUGAUAGAAGACAUAAAAGUGUCGAAAAGAUGGAACAACAAGUGACUGAAUUUAAGGAUUUGAUUCACAGACUUGAAGAAAUAAGAGAGAAAGCUUCGUCCGAGCUUACCGGGGAACUAUUUGAAAGGCUUCAGGAGAGUAAUCGAAAAAAGGAUGAAAUGAAGGUUGAAUUAGAAAAAUUGCAGUCGAAAAUUCGGUCCACAGAUGUGAAUAUAAGGAAUAUCAAUAAGGAUAUUUCAGAGGGAGAGGAGGUCCUGAAAAAGCUUCUUAAGAGCAUCGAAACUGAACAAACAAGACUUUCCCACCGAACUGGAGAGGACUACGAGAAGUUGAACUAUUUAAAGACACAGCAGGAGAAGAUACUAGAAGAAACGGAUAACGAGAGGCAGGAGGCUGCUUCCCGAAUCCCGGUAUUGCAGGCUGAAUUGAGAACGAAGACAACCGACAUUGAUUCCGACAUCAAAGGCUUACGUAACGAUCAUAGUCGAUUGACUGGUGAGAAGCAGAAACUUCAUAACGUUAACAAUAAUCAGGAAAGAGUGCUUGGUAGACAGCUUCACAAUUUGCUUGCAGAUGUCCGUAUUAAUAAAGCAAAAUAUAAGGGGAAUGUUUUGGGACCGAUAGGCGUGCAUAUAGAACUUAAACAGGAGUAUAGCCGAUGGUCAUGGGUGCUAGAGAUCAUCUUACAAAGAACUCUCAACGCUUUUUUGGUGGAGAAUUUUGAUGACUCAACCGUACUCAAGCAAAAAGUCCGUCAAUUUGGAACUAACAACGAUAUAACUGUUAGAAGGUCAGAGAUUUUCAAUUUCUCCAACUCUAUCCCAAGAGUCGGCAACUUGAAAGUGAUGGAUGUUUUGAAUAUCAAAGACAAAAGUCUUGAGUGUUUCCUUGUUGAUUCCAACAAGAUUCACAAUACCCUUCUUAUUGACGAUAGAAGGGCUGCCGAGAACGUUUUACUCUCUGACACCAGCAAUAAAAUUAGCUCGGUAAUUUGCUUUGUUCCUGACGGUGCUUUAAGAAUUACCAAGAGAAACGGUAGUUUACAGACAGAUCCUAUCCAACCGAUGAGACGCAGAAACCAGAACUGGAUCCCAUUGAAUAUAGUGGGUGAUUCUACUAACCCAUUGGCCAGGGUAGACAGAGAGCUAGAUUACGUCACCACUCAACUUCGUGAGUUGAAGCAGAAGAGAACAAGUAUAGAGAAACGAUACAGAAGUGAAAUCAUCGAGGUUCAGAGAGAUGUAAAACGGAAGCAACAGAAAUGCCGUGAUAUUAAAGCCGCAAUUUCGAAAGCCGCUACCAAAAUGGAGGACAUGGAAGGGGGUACUGCCAAGUUGGAUGCUUUAGUGGAGCAACGUGAUAAGGCAAAUGACCAAAAAAAUAUCAAUGUUCAACAACUACGUGAAUUGAGAGAAGAACUUAGCAAAAUUGCCAGAGAUCUAGGCAAGCGCCGAGAAUUCUUCAAGACGAUUCUCCAAGAGAACGAGAAAUUAGUCGCUGAAGAAGACGGCGUUAAACAGAAGAUCAGCAAUGCGACAUCUAAGACUGACGACUACCAGGAUAACAUCAAAAUUGUGAACUCAAAAAAGCAGAAGUAUGAAGGAGAGAUUGAUAAACUUGACGAGUUUUUGACCGAAACAAUAUCCCCUACUAUUGAGAAAUCAAGGGAAUAUGCUCUCAAUUUGUGUACCAAAGAGGAGGCAAACAUUCAGCCUACGGAUACCAAGGAGAAAAUGGAAAAGGACAUUGAAGCCGUCACUGAAUCCUUGAGAAAACUUGAAGAGAAGGUUGGCAUUUCCAGGGAGGAAGCGGAGGCUACCGAUAGAGCAGCAGAGACUGUUUAUGUGGAUGCUCGUAACAAGAACAGAGAGUCCGCAAAGUUGUACAAUUCAUUAUUUUCGGCUUUGAAAAUUAGGCUUGCCAACCUUAGCUCCAUUGCUGGAACUCUCAUUCAGGAUGUCAGUAAUGAAUUCGAAUCAGCACUGAGACUUAGACAGUUUAGCGGCAAGCUCGACUUUGACUUCACGAAUCACAGAUUAAUCUUAAAAGCAUCUACCAAGCCAAGGGAGAAGUUGCGUAAUGUCGAAUCCUUUUCAGGAGGUGAGAAGUCGUAUGCGCAAAUCGCCUUCUUGCUCGCCAUCUGGCAUGCCAUGAAAUCGAGAGUCAGGGGUUUGGAUGAAUUCGAUGUCUUUAUGGAUCAGGUCCAUCGUCGUCUUACGUUGAAGCUUAUAUUACAGAAGGUCAGAGACACUCCCAAGACCCAAACCAUAUUCAUCACUCCUCUUGCCAUCGGAGAAGUGGCUGGUUUGAAUCAUAAAUCAGUUAGUAUUCACGAAGUCAGUCCUCCUGAAAGAAGCACAGGUACUGUCAGAAACGUAAACGGAAGGAAUUUAUGA